CAUUUGGAAAGAUUUGUGUUCGCUUGGAAACUAAGGCACUACAACAACCCGCUUCACGAUGGCGACCGCUAUGCCAAUCAACCCAAAACCGUUCCUCAACGGUUUAACGGGCAAACCGGUGAUGAUAAAGCUAAAGUGGGGCCACGAAUACAAGGGCUUCCUGGUGUCGGUCGACGGCUACAUGAACAUGCAGCUGGCCAACACGGAAGAGUUCGUCGACGGACAGAACACGGGCCAUCUCGGAGAGGUCCUUAUCCGGUGUAACAACGUGUUGUACAUACGCGGUAUCGACGACGAAGACGAGGAGGGUGAAAUGAGGGACUAAUAGUGUGUAGAAAUAAACUUCAUUUCAACCUCAAGCUG